AUGUAUAGCAACGGUAGCGCUGCUGUUACAAUUUCCUGGCUUUUUUCCAAAAUUACAGUAAAAACGGUGGAUCCACCAUUAUUAGUUUAUACCUCUUGCAUAAUCAUUAAGUGGUUGUCAGAUCGAAGUUUUCAACCUCGAUACUCGUUGGCUGUUCCUCAAAUAGAUCAUGAUGGUAGCGAAUAUAACCUACGACUGCCAGGAUGUAGCAGAAGUGAUAAAAAUCAGGAACCUCAUGUAUUUUGCGUCGUUGGAAAUCGUGAUAAAACGCUCUUUGUCGCCGUUACUUCAUCUAUUUUUUAUGUAUAUUUAGCUCACCCUCAGCUGUUGCUCUGUUCAUUCAGACGAUCCGAAGAGGAUGUGAGAAAAAAGGGUGAAUAUCGGAAAGUUUAUUGGCGACAUGACUCCUCCGCAAUUUGCUUCACGACUUCGAAAAACUGCUUAUUGCUAUAUCGACUUGAUAUAUCGUCCGACAAACAGUCUUUCAAUUUUACUGAACCACGUGAGGAGCACUUAAGGCGUACCUCGCAAGAGUUAUUUAUUCAUGAAAAAAGACCAAAAACUGCAGCAUAUUUGUCGGUUGUUGCACGACUUGACAGUCCAGCAACAUGCAUUGUGCCUUUCCGAGAUGACUUAUUUGUUUGUUUGCAAGACGGCUGGUUGCAUCGCAUAUCAUGGGGAGGUGUUGUUGAUAAAAAUUUUUCAUUCCAUUUAUUCGAUGUUCCAUUUGCUGUCGAUCAGCUGCAGUCUAAAACUGAAUAUGUGCAAGAGUCAGGCACACAUGUUGUUGAUAUGGCAUAUGCUCCUCUUAUCGGUGGAUUUUGCAUAGUGCUUUCUAAUGGUACUGCUGCUUUACUUACAUCGCAUUCUUCCAGGUUUCUUCCAAAGGAACUGUUAGGAAUAUGGGCAGCACAGUUGACUGAUGCUGUUUGCACCGCAGCAAAUCACAAAUAUCGAUUAGUUGUUUGUGGUUGUAGAAAUGGUGAUAUUGCUGCUUUCCACUUGGACGAUAUUAAUGGUUCAUUAGCACACACGUUUCGUGUAUCUCUUCAAGUCAAAAAUGGACCAGAGUUAUUGAAUCGAAUGGGUCAAGUGCAACAUGUGGAAUGUUAUGCACAAGGAACAGCACUAGCAGCCGUCUGGUCACCUUUAUUAUACGAUAGUGGAUAUGCAAGUAAUUCGAAUACAGUGCCUAUUGUGGCUAUAUUUAGCUCCUUCGGUGCUCAAUUAUGGUGCUCUCUAGAAUCUCCAAGUGACAGGAAUAUCUAUGUUGCCAGUUCGUGUCAUUGGAUUGAUUGGGGUCCAGAGGGAUUUAGUUUAUGGUUAGCCACCGAUACAGGAUUGUGCGUACUGCCUAUUGCCCAUUCUGUGAAUUCAAGUGGCGUCGAAAGUACGGACAGGAUUAUAUUUCUUUCAAGCAAUCAUAUCUAUCUGAGUGCUGCAAAAGAGCGAGAGCAAAAUGUUAAUGCUCCCCACAGCAUUUGGCAUGUACUUUCGCCACCGAAUAACUAUUUAUCAUUCAACUGGCCCAUUAGAUUAGUUGAAAUGGAUGAUCAUGGACAGUGGCUUGUCGUUGCAGGUGCUCGAGGUUUCAUCCAUUAUAAUUUAAUGGCACGUAAAUGGCGCAUGUUUGGUAAUGAAUCACAGGAAAGAGAUAUGUUGGUCACCGGUGGGAUGACUAUUUGGGGAGGAUAUGUGGUGAUUGCCUGUUACGACAUUGAUCGUUCCAAGGAGGAAUUACGGUUUUACCCACUGGAAAAUCAGUUAAACAAUCAAUUUUGCAUGAGGCAUUCGAUUAAUUCAAGAAUUCUUCUUUUAAGCCGUCGACAAAACAAACUGAUAACUUUUGAUGUGGACUCAUGCAUAUUUAUUUUCACUCUUUUUCUGGAAAAGAAUUCCAAGAAUGAGCAGCCGGUGAUCCGAAUAGACAGGUGUGCAGAAAUACGUGUUCAAGAUAUAGUGCCGCAUGCAGCUUGUGUUCUCUCUGUUGAACCAGCAUCUUUAAAUCAUGAUUCUCAAAUAAAAUUUUGUGAUGGCGUAGACACAGUUUUCAUAAAUGUUUGUGGAAGAUUGAUAAUGUUGAAUCCUGUGAAACAUGAUAACAUUGGGAGUGAUUCAUCAGAUGAUGACGGAGCCUCUUUCCAGUUAAGUCGGCCUAUGCUAAUCGCAUCAUAUGUCGAGAAAAUUUGGCAUGACGCUGCUGAUGAAGUUGACAAUAUGUUUUAUCACAAGCCACAUCUAACACAUGCAUUAUGGCUGAAUUGCGGAGCUAAAGGAAUGAAAGUUUGGAUGCCAUUAUUUACUGCCAGACAGACCAGUGAUACCAACUACAAUUCAUGCCAUUCAUUCAUCAGUAAACGUAUUAUGUUACCUUUUGAAUUGGGCAUCGCUCCACUUGUUAUAUGCAGUCGAGAUUGCUUAGCGGUUGGUGUGGAAAGUUGUCCAACAUAUUCAGACGAAAAAGAAUCGAUGAGGCAUUUGCCAAUAUAUAAUUUGCAUCGUAAAAUUUUCCAGGUUUUCCUGCAUCAUCUAUUACGUCAACUUUUGAAACGAAAUCUUGGUGUAUAUGCAUUGGAAAUUGCUGCUACUUGUAAUCAGUUACCAUAUUUCGGCCAUGUGUUAGAGCUGUUACUGCAUAAUGUGCUAGAGGAAGAAGCAACUUCUUCAGAACCAAUACCAGAUCCACUGUUACCUCGUGUGGUAGCUUUUAUCCAAGAAUUUCCAAAUUAUCUGCAAACAAUUGCUCAUUGUGCCCGGAAAACUGAACUGGCUCUUUGGCCCGCUUUAUUUUCUGUAACGGGUCAUCCACGUGAGCUUUUCGAGAAAUGCAUCAGUGAUGGGCAACUUGAAACUGCCGUCAGCUUUCUCAUCAUUCUGCAAAAUACGGAAAACAGCUCAGCCAGUCAAGAGCAUGCAACAGUAUUGCUGGAAGAAGCUCUUUCGAAACGGCAAUGGUUGACAGCACGCGAUAUUGUUCGCUUUCUUCGUGCUAUCGAUCCAUCUGAUAUUGAUGAUCCGUCACGAACUCCACCAUGUCAAAAACCACAUCGCAACGUAGUCAGUGUAGUGUCACGGAUUCCGACGCGCGUGUCUACAAAUGGCAGUGAAGAGGCAGAUUCAUUUGUUUUUGGAAGCUACAACGCUCCAGGCAUGAUAAAAAAACCGAGGUCGUCACAACAGGAUAGUGGCUGUACGUCCGGGCGAAAAAAUUCAGCUGGAAAGAAAGUUUUGAAAAUAGGUUCUUUCGAUGCACCCUUAAGUCCUGGAAGUGUCAGCGGCUCAACGUCGACAUACCUUGAUGAUGUAUUGGACCAACAUGCUGUUCAUUUACUGGAAGAUUGUAGUAUUCAGGAUUUAGGUGCAUUCGCUGCCUAUAUGGAUUUCAAUUUAAUAAGCUGGCUUCGAAUACAACGGCACAGUAUAGCACGGAUUAGUGAUUUUCCAUUAGCUUUGAUGCGACUGCAUGCACAGUUCAAAUGGCCAUACCCAUUGGUUAGUCAAAGUAUUGUAGAACAAUUAACGAAGCGAAUUGAAGGCAUUAAAAUUUCGCCAUCACUGGAUAGCUUACAGUCGCUAUCGACAACCAAUAGCAAUGCUUCUUCAAGUAUCGAGGAACAUCAACAGAUCACAUCGGUUGCUUCUGCGGUUUCAAAUUCUAUAUUUAUCAACGACAAGCAAGAUAGAAAAGAGCUAUCACCAGUAUGUAGGCAAUCCGCGUUAAGUGUGGUUUCUCUAGAAAGUCGUUCAAAUUCGUGCAGUGAUUGGGAAGGUUUUGAAAAAAUAUGUGGUGAAGUUGCUGCACGCGGAUCACAAGAAAGUGAAUUAGAGUUGAAAUACAUGUUGGAUGUUAUGUACGAAGCUGGCUGUGCCAGCUGGACAUUGUUGCUAUGUUUAUUACGACGUGAUGUAUCAUUCCUUAGUAAGCAUUUCUCACAAAAAUUUUUACAAAGCUGUGGCCCAGAUACCGUGGACGAAUUACAUAAAGGAUUGGAGCAACUGCAGAAUUGGGCCUCAAUUAGUUGUUUCGGAUACCGAGCUUUAAUCGAUGCAUACACGAGGCAUUUGUUGGUAAUUGGAAGUAAAAGUGGAGAGCAUGCGGUUACUGAAGCAUCAUCAGUGGCACCAGGUUAUUGUAGCAGCAGUUUGUUAUCAACCAGUAGUUCACAUGCGGAAAUGAAUGGAAUUUCCGAAUUAGGAGGAGAAGUACUGCCAGUCAUUGAGCGAAAAAUAUCGCCAGCAGUAGGACGCUCUUCUAUAUCGGGCAGCCACAAAGAACGAAAUGGUAUUAUACGAAAAAUUAAUUCUGUGCCAUCUAAUCAACUAUCAACAGCAGCAGCGAGGAAUUUAAUAAAGACGACGUUUACUCCACCACGAGAAAACGGCGAAAUUGGUGAUGGUUAUGUUGACAUGGAUAGCUGUACUGUGGUAAGUGAUGCGGCCGUUGUUGGACGUGAACAAUGUAAUUUGAUGUAA